UUGAAACAUAUAUUGUGCACGAAUUCUUUUCAAACUCUAUAAUUAGAAAUAUGUUAACUGUCAGUGUAAGACGCCAUUAAAGUUUGUGAUAAGUAUGGCUUGUCAUAGAUUUAAAAACGGACUGUUUUUAGUCCAGAGAUAUUGGUUUCGGCUAUGUACUAAUGGAUUUCUUCACACGAUUACUUAAUGUACCAACUAAAACUAGACAUCGUUAUCGAAAUAUGCAGUGAAGGUUUUUCACUUUCUAUAAGAGGGUUAGGCGAUAAGACAGAAUAUUCUACAUAUUUGUGACCUAGUUAUCGAAUUUAGUUAAGGUUUGUAGUCUGAGAAUGACAUAUACUGACUAGGUGUUUAUAAUUGCAUCAAGGUUAAAACCCAGUAAAUUACAUUGUUACAAAAAGUACAUAUAGUCUCCGUUAAUUUUUUUAUAGGACAAACCUGAAAGACUGAAUCCUGUGGGAAAUAUCCGUACAUAUUUUUAUAAUUAUAAAUAAAGUAAAACAAUUCACUUCUUUACUUGAGACUUAGGUAUGAGCCGCACUUUAAAUGUAGAAUCUAGUGACUGGAAGUUGAAAGCCUUCACAAACAAGCCACUGCCCCGUGGGAAACGAGCUCCUGAAAGUUUAGUGAAUGUUAUCUGCUGACAUUGUUAUUUCUUCCAACAAAUGUGAGUUACAAACUGUCACUACAAACAAAGCGAACUAGUAAGACUUUGAGAAUAAGGUUAUUUUAUUUUAGGGCCUCUCAUUCACUACAAAAUUUAAAUUUACAACGAAUUAUGUGAUUAGAAAUAAUUGAUUAGUAUACUUCGAUCACAAAAAUUUUAAAACGAGACAGUACGCAAAAGAUUAAGACUUUAGAGUGAUAUUUACAGGUGGAUUUGAGCUUAAUGGUUAGCUAAACGUAAAACGUCUGUCCUUGAGAAGUAGAGUGCGUCCUCUGGGGGGCGCUAUAACCGGAUCCCAAUUCUAUGGUGCACAUGGGCUCCAGUAUCCUGAAGGAACAAAUGGCGUAUGAACCAACUUUUGGUCACCGGCUUCCAUGGGACUGCAUCUCCUCACGAUGCUCCACUGCCUUUUGGACUAGACCUUUAGGUCAAAGGCUCGGGGUGUGGCCCCCUAAGAAAACCACCUGCUUCGGUUUGGGCACCCGGGCAGUAUCUCAGCCCACACACCAAAACAUGAUGAAAUAUUCUUUUUAUUUGUGUGGCGCAUAUAUAUUUGGUGCCCCCCUGUACCAAUAUUUAUGUGUUCAAAUAAAUAAAUAAAUAAAUAAACUGGGGGCCUGGUUAGAGUUAUGAAGUGGUUAUCUCUAAGGUCUUUAAAUUAACAAACAAAUAAGGAACAUCACAUCUACUUGACUUUGGAGUGGCCCCUAGGAUCAAGCAUCUCUUAUCUAAUCUAUGAAUACAAGCAAAACCAUGAUUAGCCCCUAUGUUUUUAGUGUGUGCUAUGAUUAAAAUUACUAUUAUUUCGAAACGUAGUCACUUUACCAAUGUGAAGUUUGGUAAUUUUAGUGCAGUUUUUACCAGGCUCUACUUAUGUUGGAGAGAAUAGGAAGCCUUAUUUGGGGAAUGGCGUAUGAACCAAUCGUUGGUCACCGGCUACCAUGAGACUGCAUCUCCUUACGAUGCUCCACUGCCUUGUGGAUCAGACGUUCAGGUCGAAGGCUCCGGGUGUGGUCCCCUAAGAAAACCACCUGCUUCGGUUUGGGCACCCGGGCAGUAUCACAGCCCUCACACAUAUCCAAUGAGAUUUUUGUGGCGCAUAUGUAUUUGGUACCUCCUUGUACCAAUAUCUAUGUCAACUAAUUGAAAAGAAAUUUCUUCGCUCAAUUCGUUCCUUCUGUAUUUAUCAAAUGUCCAAAUGGGAAUUUUCACAAUAUCUAUGUGUUAAAAUAAAUAAAUAAAUAAACUUAUUUGGGGAAUAUUAAUGUAAAAUUUCACGAAAAUUAUCUAUCAACCAUCUUACUUUGUUUCAGCUUAUAUAUACAUAAUAUCGACUCACGAUAUAUUCGUUUGAAUUUUUUCCUGAUUCAUGCGAUUACUGAUUUCAUUUAAUAAUCGAAUCAAGUAUUUAAAAUAUAUUCUAUUUAUCUACUUUUUUAAUCUUUUUGUCAACUAUAUUCGACCUUUAAAUAUCGUUUACUGAACUAGUAGUUUUUAAAAAUAUUAAUCAUAGUUAUCAACGUACAAGACGAAAAGCGGGUAUGCGGCACCCUCAGAAGUAUAGCUAAUAUAUGUAAACUCGGAAGCCGCACUGAAUUGUUACCUUAUGCUAGUGAUCUUUUGUGUGCAGUACUACAGUUGCCUGGAGAUUCUUCUAAGGGGAUUCUUCUAUGUCGUCUUGAAACGAAAGUUUUACAACGAAUUGGCUUGUUAUUUUGCCCACCAAUAAAUACAACUUGGCAGUACCAACGAGGAUGUCGAUCACUGCAAGAUAACUUAGAAUCUCUUUUGAUGAAUCAUGACAACAAAAAUUCUUCAAUCUCUGCAGGCUUUCAAAAUAAUAUCUCAAGUGAUAUUUCUGGGGAUUGUUCAUUAACUAUGAACUAUGAAUUAUCCAACACAGACGAAGUUGCAGAAGUUAUUGAUAAACUAAUAAGCGCUUUGCGUAGUCAGUUUACUGGGGUUCGUUGGUCUGCUGCCAAAGGGUAGGAAACAUUUAUUUUUACAGUAUACUUAUAUGAGUUCGUCGUCCUGUUUACUUUUAACUUAGUAGUUUAAAAUGAAAUGUCCCACUAUGUUUCUCAACACUUGUAUUGUUAUAACAGAAAUAUACCAUCUACUACUGGUGGUUUAUGCAAGAGCACACUUUCCAUAAUAUUAGAAAUGUUUAAUUUCUCUAUGUAUAACAGAUUUUCCACAACCAAUUUAUUACAAGGUGGUGGUAAACAAAGUAAGGCAAGAGAGUGUAAGUGAAAAAAAGAUAAGUCAGUGAUCAGAAACCAUCAUACAUGUGUAUUAUGAGACAUUUAAAAGUACUCUACCCUUAAACUCUUCCCAGUGUUACUGAACUCUGACAAUAAAUACAGUUCUCAAAUACAGCUGAGUUCAUGUAAGCUUGAUAUCACACACGACAUGCAUGGCCUGGUGGUGUUACUCAGCUGCUUAGAUCAAGAUAGAUGAAACUUGGUUUAAAUCAAGAGCUUAAUAGUCAGAAUUCCAGUACCUUCAACAUGGAGCGAUUAAGUUUAACUAAGUAUCCUAAUAUAAUGACGUUGAUAAACUAUGAAGCCUAGUUUCAUAGACUAUAGUAAACUGUAUUUUAGGUAGAUGUUAGUGUCGCAUUGUUUUUCGAAUAAGAUUAAGUGUUUUAUCAUAUCACUAAAUGUUCGUCACUUAUAAGCAUUAGCUAUUUUUAUACUAAAUGCCAAAGUAACGAUAUCUGACUUUCGUUUCAUCCCAGUAAAUUAUCUUUACUGAAUUGCCUUCCAUAAAUUUUGUACUAUCGAUGUGCUUUUUUUUCUUAGGAUCGGACGUAUUUGUUCUCGCCUUUCCAGUUCAAUGGUAAAUGAUGUUCUGUCGGCUGUACUGUCCUUGUGUACAAAACUCGAACCAUAUACUGCAUGGCAUGGAGCUUGUCUUGCUUUGGCUGAACUUAGCCGUCGCAGUCUUCUUUUACCAUCUAAAUUACCAGAAGUGAUUCCAGUAGUUUUACGAGCUCUGUUUUAUGAUGAGCGGUCUGGUGAUCAUAAUUAUGGAUCAAACGUUCGAGAUGCUGGUUGUUAUGUGUGUUGGGCGUUCGCAAGGGCAUAUCAUCCUAAGGAUUUAGUGGAUUAUGUCGUUCCUAUUGCAAGCUCUCUAGUCUUAGUUAGCCUAUUUGAUCGAGAGGUUAGUGUACGUCGAGCAGCGUCUGCUGCAUUUCAAGAGAACGUGGGUAGACAAGGUCAGUUUCCACAUGGAAUUGAAAUCCUCACUACAUGUGAUUAUUUCAAUGUGGGAAAUCGUGCUCACUGUUACCUUCAGUUGAGUGUGUCUGUAGCUAAAUUUAAAGAAUAUGUAGAACCUAUGAUUGAUCAUUUGGUCAAUGUUCGUCUUGGACAUUGGGAUGAUUCAAUCAGAUAUCUGGCUGCUUGUGCUUUAGGCAAACUAUACAUAGCUAAUCCUGAUUACAUGAUGGAAAAUGUCUUGCCUCAGAUAAUCAAUGGUUCAAUUAAAUCUACUCUACAUAACCAACAAGGGUGUAUAUUUGGUACAGGUGAAUUGGUAUGUGCAUCAUCCAGUUAUGUUAUAAAUGAGAAAAAUCUACUCAAGAUUAAGGAAAUUGUUCCAGCACUUAAAAGUGCGAACAAAUUUCGUGGUCUAAGUGGUGAAUUAAUUCGAAAAGCAACUGCUCAUUUUAUUCAGAAGUGUGCAAUCGCCAGAUUACCGUUUCAUGAUGAUCCAAUUAUUGAAGUUUGGCGUGAAUUCUUGGAUGAUUGUGUUGGACAUAAAAAUCCUGAAGUACAGAAAGCUACUGUGAAUGCAUAUCCUCACUUUUUAUCAACUUAUUUGUACAACCGAAAUGGUGAACUGAAGUUAGGCUAUAAAGAUUUAUUGUACAGGAAUUGUUUACUACAUUUAAAUACUAAUUCUGAAUCGGAACUUUCCGGUUAUUUACAAAUUAUUGGUGCAGCUCCGAGUAGUUUGUAUUGUGGACAUGUUGCUGAUUUGUUGGAUACUGUCACUAGUGCUUGUAAAUCGACUUCAAAGACAAAAUUCUGGGUUGAUUCUCGCGGAUCCGCUUUAAAAGCUCUUGUUGAGAUCAUAAAAAAUCUUGGGGCUCAUCACUCGGAAUUAAAUGCUAACCUUUUGAAAUCUACAUGUUAUAUUUUACUCCGAUCUCUAUUCGACUAUACCAUGGAUGCACGUGGGGAUGUAGGUUCUCUUGUUCGUGAAGUUGGAAUGAAAUGUUUGGACUCAUAUAUUGAGUUUCUUGUAAAUAAUCAAUACAAAGAACUUAUUACACCAGACAUGAUUGAAGAAGUGAUGACUAGCAUCGCACAACAAGCUGUUGAAAAAAUCGAUCGGACGCGAGGUGUAGCUGGUCAAGUGUUCGCUCAUUUACUCCAUCAUGACCCUCCUAUCGAACACAUUCCUCAUUUUGAAGAACUGAAACAAAUUUUCCCAAAAUCUGAUUGUGAUGAUAUGAUAUGGAAUUCGGCCAACUCAACAUUUCAACGUUUUACGAAAUUGUUGGAUUUUCCAGAAUAUCGUUAUCGUUUAAUUUUAGGCUUAAUCGUCAGUGUCGGUGGUCUGACAGAAUUAACAAUUAGAUGUAGCACUUCAGCUUUAAGUGCAUAUUUUCUUGAUCAUGAAUCAGAUCAGCUGUUUAUUGUGGAAGUGUUAAAUAUUGUUGAACAGAUUCUGCAAUCGUUUCGACAAGAAGAUAGGAUUGUUGUUCCUCUUUUUAAAUUUUUGAACUUUCUACUGAAUGAUCCGAUUGUCAACUCAACAGUUGAUCCAAACAGUCCAAUUCUUUUACAAUUAACGGAAAGUGUGUGGAAUGAAACCAAACUAACUAAAGAUGUACAACGUAAUAAAGCUGCUAUCGAUGUAUUUGGUGGGAUGUUACAAUUCACUGGGCCUGUUCGAAAGCGAUCUCUAUCGUUAAUGAUGGUCAUGUUGGGAUCUCGUUACCCAAUUAUUCGUAAAGCAACCGCAUCAGAAUUAUAUGAAGGUUUACUGGUUUAUGAUUUAUGCCCAUCUGAGUUAUUAGAUCAAGUAUCAUCUAUACUUACCGAAACCAUCUGGGAAGGUGAUAUUGAAAUAGUCAGACCAAUUCGUAAUCAACUUUGUCAAUUAUUUCAAGUUCCUGUACCAAGAAUAACGAGUAAGACUCAGAACCAUACAUCACCAACUUAAAACGUUUAUGAAAUGAAGCUUCUAAUGCAAACAUAAUCUUCACGGAAUUGUUUUAUACAAGUGUGAAUAAAUAUGAGAAUAUGAUGAAAAUAUAAUUUUAUUUAAUUAUAGUAAUGUUAUCUAAUAUUCUGCAUUAUUAAUUUUCUUGUUUUG